GGUUAGUUUGCUUGUGUUUAGUUCCCAGAGACAGUCAAAUCGGAUUCCUUUGGGAAAGGACACAAAUCACUCCCGUUUGAACAAGGGGAACAGCGAGGGAGCUGUCUCCACAAGGGUCCACCUCUCCUGGUUGAUUUCAUAUUGCUCAUUCAUGUGAUUUGAUCAGAGAAUACUCUUUGUGGAGAAAGACAGGAAAGGAAAGAAGGAGAAAAUAAAGGAAAAAAAUAGUCUCUGGAUGAUGACAUUUGAUCUAACCCUCAGCGAAGCCCGUUCUUGAUCCUAUUGUUUCUUAAAGUGACAUUAGACUUCUUUUUUUUUUUUUUUGUGCUCACGCUAGACCAAAGGGACCUCCAGUGUAAUCUUACAGUUUUUGUUUGUUUGUUUGUGUAUUGUUGCACGGUGUUCCCAAACCUGGAUGUUGACAUCUCGCGUUUCUUUUGGCACGUCGCUCUAUUUUGUGUUUCAGAGAGGAAGCGCUAAUAGAGACAAACGCGGUGACACCUGCUCACCCAUACACUUCUCCUUGUCUUUUUUUAACGGAGCGAUCAAAAGAAGCAAGCAUCGACUGAGACGGUGACAGGAGUCUGUUUUCAUGUUCGGGAUUCAAGACAGCAUUCAAAGGAGCGGGAGUAGUAUGAAAGAGGAGCCCAUCGGUGCCGGGAUGAACGCUGUCCGGACAUGGAUGCAGGGUGCCGGAGUGUUGGAUGCGAACACAGCCGCUCAGAGUGGAGUGGGUCUUGCUCGAGCACACUUUGAGAAGCAGCCUCCUUCAAAUCUUCGCAAAUCCAACUUCUUCCACUUCGUUUUAGCGUUAUACGACAGACAAGGACAACCCGUGGAAAUCGAAAGAACUUCUUUUGUUGGAUUUGUUGAAAAAGAAAAGGAAACUAGCGGAGAAAAGACAAACAAUGGGAUCCAUUACAGAUUGCAGCUUCUUUACAGCAACGGCAUCAGAACAGAACAGGACUUUUAUGUACGCCUGAUUGACUCCAUGACCAAACAGGCAAUUAUCUAUGAAGGGCAAGACAAAAACCCAGAGAUGUGUCGGGUGCUGCUGACGCAUGAGAUCAUGUGCAGCCGCUGCUGUGACAAGAAAAGUUGUGGCAAUCGUAACGAGACGCCUUCUGACCCGGUCAUCAUCGACAGGUUUUUCCUGAAAUUCUUCCUCAAAUGCAACCAGAACUGCCUAAAGAAUGCAGGGAACCCACGAGACAUGCGGCGCUUUCAGGUGGUGGUGUCUACGACGGUCAGCGUGGACGGACAUGUCCUGGCUGUGUCUGAUAACAUGUUUGUACAUAAUAACUCUAAACAUGGACGUAGAGCUCGCAGGAUGGACCCGUCUGAAGGAACUCCUUCAUACCUGGAACACGGUGAGUCUACUCCUUGCAUUAAGGCCAUCAGUCCCAGUGAAGGCUGGACAACAGGGGGUGCCACAGUCAUCAUCAUCGGUGAUAACUUCUUUGACGGCCUACAGGUCAUUUUUGGCACCAUGCUGGUCUGGAGUGAGCUCAUAACCCCUCAUGCCAUUCGAGUUCAGACUCCUCCCAGACACAUUCCCGGGGUUGUGGAGGUCACUCUGUCCUACAAGUCAAAGCAGUUCUGCAAAGGUACACCGGGCAGAUUUAUCUACACAGCACUGAAUGAACCCACUAUUGACUACGGUUUCCAGCGGCUACAGAAGGUGAUCCCUAGACACCCAGGCGACCCUGAGCGCUUACCAAAGGAGGUGAUUCUGAAGAGGGCAGCAGACCUGGUGGAAGCUCUGUAUGGGAUGCCACACAAUAAUCAGGAGAUCAUUCUAAAAAGAGCAGCGGAUAUCGCAGAGGCGCUUUACAACGUCCCACGUGGACACAACCAGCUGCCAGGUCUGGCCAACAGCUCAGUCCACACUGGCAUGAUGGGAGUCAACUCCUUCCACAGCCAGCUCGCUGUCAAUGUGUCUGAGUCCACACAAGCAGCCAAUCAGGGUUUCAGUCGAAACACGAGCAGUGUAUCCCCUCACGGUUACGUACCCAGCACGACACCCCAGCAGAGUAGCUACAGUACCGUCUCUACCAGUAUGAAUGGAUAUGGAAACACAGGCAUGACCACGCUGGGAGGAUCGCCCAACUUCCUCAACGGCUCUGCUGCCAACUCUCCUUAUGCCAUUGUUCCUUCCAGUCCCACCAUGGCCUCCUCCACCAGUCUUCCCUCCAACUGCAGCAGUUCCUCAGGCAUCUUCUCUUUCUCUCCGGCCAACAUGGUGUCUGCAGUCAAACAGAAAAGCGCUUUUGCUCCCGUCGUGCGGCCCCAGGCCUCGCCACCCCCCACCUGCACUAGUGCCAACGGAAACGGCCUCCAAGCCAUCCAUCAGCAUGACUGUCAGAGCAUCCUCUCCCUUCAUCGUCCCUCGUUCUCCUCACUUCUGCUCGGUCACCAGGGGCCUGCUGCGUGUCUCGAAGAGCAUGCCAUAUGUGUUUCAUUUCCUGUCCAACUUCCUGUUUCCUGUGUCAAGUCUUCCUCAGAGUUUUUUGGCGGUUUUGUCAGUUAACUAACCAUAAGUCCAUCAAUAUAAAAAUCCAAAAGUGAUCCCAGGGAUGAUUGUUCCUCCCAUGUAGGGGCUUCUGGGCUGCUGAAGAGGCACAUUUGAUUUCAGCUCUCGCCAGAGAAUCUACGGUCUGAGCUGAAGACAAUUUCUGGCGGAGGAGACAUGAAAACUGAACUUUUAAAACUCAGGCCUUUUGACAAAGGAAUCUCAUUUUAUGGGAAGAAAGUGUUUGUUUGCUUUUGUUUUUAAGCUAAUAUCUGGACUGCUCUACCGAAGGACUUUCCCCCCUGUGUUUUACCCAUGCGUAAAGGAGGGAUGGAUUUCUUUUUCGUUUUAUUCAUGGGCUUUUUUGAUGAAUUUCAAUGAUAUCAUGCCUUUUUUACAGACUGUAUCACACAAACAUGACACUUUAGGAGCGGGUGUAUCUGUAAUGUUCCUGAGAGCAGUGACGGGCAACGGCACAGAUCUCUGUUAAUACUGACCAGUUUUUAUAUAAACAGACACAGUAGUGCAAAAUCCAAAUGAGAACAUUUAGGCCAACACAAAAAAGAAGAGGGGAGGGGUUUUUUUGGUUGUUGUUUUUGUUUUUUCCCCCAGAGAAAAGCCAACAAAUAGUUUGCCAUAAUCUUGUUUGUUUUCUUACUAAAUGAAAUUGUAGCGCCAUACUCACUUCCCUGUUGUAAUUUUUUGUGAAGAGUCAUAUGAAGCAUCUGGGUACCAGCCGGUUUGGAUGGCUAUGAUGUAGGAAAGUUAUUUAAGAGUUAUUAAAUGCUGUCAUGCUGUAAUUUUUCAAUGUCCAGAUCUGUCCUCAAAGAGAAGAACAAGCGACCCAAUUUCCACAACAAAUCAGUGUUUAUGUUCAUGCAAAUAUUUGCUGCUAAAUAGAGCAGAGAUAUGCAGUAAACAGAUGGACUGAAGGACAACACCCUCAGUUGCCAUGCCAUUUAAUUAAAAAAAAAAAAAGUCUGAAUUUUAUGUGCUCAAAGAAUGUGAUGAUUUUUUGAUCUUUUUGUUUUUGCUUUGUCUAUGAAAAAACGAAACUGUGAUAAUAUAAAUUUGAAUGUGUUUGGUUUGCUGUGUUCACUAGUGAAGGAUAUAGGUUAAAUGAAGUAUAAGAGGAAUACUAUUUCAGAGCCGACUGUUAAAACAACCCGUUUUUCCUUUUUGUGUGUUUCUUUGGCUUGUUUUGGGGGACAUGACUUGAAUUAACAAAGUAUUUUCAUGUUUUGACAGCACUGUAUGAAGAACGCUUUCCAAAUGUGUCAAACACCCAACAUACAGCAGUUUGAUUGGCUUACUUUGGUAGUCGUCUAUUUUUGUACAUAUACUUUCUGUUGCCAAAGUCUGUUUUAUUUGUAUUUAUCUCAGAAUGGCUUAAGGCAGCUCAUAAUAACACUGAUGAUCGGUUCAUUUCAUAAGUUACACAAAACUUCAGCAAACACAAAUCAAGGAUUCUGGACAAAAAGAGGGGAGUCUGUAAAAUAUCCAUAUAAAUAAUGUAUGUAUAUCCAGAUUUUGUAUAUUCUUUUCUCCCCAAAGUUACUUUGAUUGUGGAAGGUUUUUCGUGAUUAUUUGUCCAUCUGUUUGCUUUCAUCACCGACAUUGUCUUUAUUGUUAAUGUUUUUGUCUGCAUUUAGGUCCAUGUUUUGUAUCAUGUCAAGCUUCCAUUUUUUUAAGUUGUAUUCAUAAAAAAGCCAUUGUCUAUUUUUGUAUAAUUUGUAAGUUAAAAAGCAAUUGUUUUCCUUUUGGAAUUUUUAAUGUAUGGCAAAAAAGUAGCAUCUCACAGCAUUUAGUUAUGUAGAUUUUUUAAAAAGUUAUAUAUAUAUAUAAAUAUAUUAUAAAUGAUGAAUAUAUAAAUCUAUAUCUUUUUCUUUAAAGACUUACAGAACCUGUACUAUUGUAAUAAUAUGCAUGGGCUCUUCUCUGAGAGUGAUGGUUUUAUUUUGCGUGUCAAAACUAGGAGGACGUUUUUGAUGAAGUUUUAAUCUACGUUCUUUUUCGUCUUUUCUUUCCUCUUUUAUUUAUCUGAUUAUUUAUGCCUGCUUAUAAAUCUGUCUGUUCCAUUUUCUCUCUCUCACGUUUAUCAGUACCAGCAGUAUAGAUGCCUUAACAAUGCAAACCCAUAAGUGUACAAUCACUUGUACGGACUUCAUAACCACCAUCACCAAUUACAGUAGCCACAGAGUCCCUUAAGGGAUUUCUUUCUGGGAAAAAAAAGCACAAAUCGGUCUGUUUUACCUAAAGCAAGGAGGGUUAAAUGAAUUAUUUGUCCUUUUUCUGUUGUUUGUAUUAUGAAGGGUAAUGAAAGGGAACUUGAAGGAAUAUAAAGAGAGAUUAUAUGAUUAAUAUUUUAUGUGUUGCUGGUGGGAUGGGUUGUACUUUCUCAUUAAUUUAAAGCAAAAGUCUGCCUUUUUCCAUUCGUUUAUGUCUGCUGCGUUCACGAGAGGGGGAGAAGCUCAAAGCCAUAUUCCACAGUGUCACCGUUCGCUCGAAGGGGACGUUCACUUUAGCUGGAGGUGCAUGUGAGCCUGCAUGUUCUGGGUCGUGGUAUGUUGUUCGUGCUGCAGCACUCUGUAAGGUACCGUUGGCGUAUUUCUCACCCUGAGCAAAGUGACUCGAUUUCAGAGCACAUCGCCUUGCCCCCAGAGCUGAGGUGCUGCUGACUCCCAGUCUGUAACGCUGUGUCUAAUUCUACUGUCAGCCGAAUCGGCCCUCGAUGAUCGGUCUUCAGGACUCUUUUAUGAGUGGUUUAAGUGCUGUCUCCUGUAAUGUGCGUCUGCACUCUGCCAUCUAACAGAAAAUGGCUUUUAAUAUGCUGAUUUGGGGUUUGUGUGAGGACUUUUUAUCAGAAAUGACUGAGGAUUGAGCAUUCAUGAUGUUUUUCUUUCCCCAUGUGGCUGUUACACAUUGGUGAACAGCUCCAUCGCAAUGAUUAAGAUGGACUUCUUAUAAAAUGACAAGCAUUUGUAGGACACAAGACUCGAACCAAAAAGAUGGUCUCCUUUUUUUUCUGCCUCCUGUUCUUGUGUUUGUUUGUUUCAAUUUUUGACUGGAUACACACUGAACCGUUCUAUUGAUAGGAAAACUCAAGACAAAAACUACUGUAUAGAUUGUUAUCAUUUUUUGAUGAAAGCUGUAAAAUAACUUUUCAAAGUUCACAAUAUUAAAUUAAAGUUACUUCUUGUCUGUGA